CGUCACACCGCGCUUUUUUGAUCCCUGGUGAGACUUGCAGUUCGACCGCGGCAUUCCCCGAAAUUUAGUGAGAGUUGUGAUGUGUCUGCAAGCAAGUAGUGUCGCAUUUCUCAAGGCGGCCAGCAAUGGAGCUUCACCGGCUGCCCACCGAUGUAGUAAGCAAGCUGCGGUCGGGAGUCGCGAUCGUGAGUGUCGCGCACUGUAUGGAAGAACUUGUCCUAAACGCCCUGGACGCCGGCGCAACGUGCGUCGCUGUUCGUCUUAACUUGCCUUAUUAUAGAGUUCAAGUUGUGGACAACGGCCAUGGAAUCCCGAGGGAGCAACUCGAAAACUGUGGGGAAAGGUACUGUACUAGUAAAUGCCGUACCCUCAGCGAUUUGGAGCAUCCGAAGUUUUACGGAUACCGUGGGGAAGCCAUAUCAAGCAUUGUGGAAAUGUCUGGAAUAGUCCAGAUCGAAUCGAGGUCGCGCACUAGCACGGAUUCGUGGUGCAAGACGUUUGCCCGAGGCAAACUACGCGAACUCGCACCGUCCACCACUGACAGGCCAAGCAUCGGCACAACAGUGACAGUUUUGGACUUCAUGUACAACCUUCCAGUUCGAAGAGGUUGCCUCUCGGAAGCAAUCGACUUUGAAUUCUGCCUUCAACACCUCGAAGGCAUCGCACUGAGCCAUCCAGAAGUGUCGUUCACUUUGCGCAAUGACGUUACUGAGGAAAAACACUUCCAGACACACAGAACCAAUUCCGUACUUGAUAUCUUUGCUCAGUUGUUUGGAGCACAAAGAGCAGCAACACUGAAGCACACUCUCAUCAAGAAAAAGCAUUUCGCUGUGGAAGCAUACAUCAGUCUUGAAGGGCACACUUCAAAACAGCUGCAGUUUGUGUACCUCAACAAGCGCCUGCUGCGUAAGACCCGCAUCCACAAACUUUUCCACAAUGUCAUCAAGAAGUAUGUACUCGGAUUUCAUGCAAAGUCAGCAGCCCUUUGCGGAAGUCCAAGCAAGCUAAGGAACAAGCAACCGGUGUUUGUCAUCUUUAUAAACUGUACCUCCAGGACCUUUGACGUCACAUACGAACCGCAAAAGACUUUUGUGGAGUUCACCGAUUGGGACAAAAUUACAAAGUUGUUUGAACAAUUGCUCAAUGACUUCCUACAUAAGCAUGGCAUCAUAAGCCACAACUUUGUCAUAAAUGGGGAGUUAGCGUUCUCACAGAAAACACCACCCGAAUGCGAGCCACCAACAAUGAGAACUGAUCCGAACAUCAAUGUCGAAGAUAUGCCAAAUGCACUGGUUUCAAUGAAGGUAUGCAGGAAGGAACCAUGCGUUGUAGCAGAACCAGAUGAAGAGGAAAGUGACGCAUUAGAAGACAUUACCACUUUUUCAGUGCACUCGGUCAGUGGAGAACGCUUACGGCACACUGAAAUGCCACUGGUGCGCAGCUCGAACGUUAAGUCUUACGUCUGCCAAAGCAGGGAUGUAGGUGCUCCCAAGGCUGUGAUUGCCCUGCCUCCUUCUUUCUCAGCUGUCUCAAAUACUAGACCAUUAUUACGUAUGCCAGAAAAUGAGACACCUUUUGACAUUAGCAAAAGCUUUGCUAAGCGAGGUCAUCCUAGAUCAGCUUCUUCUGUACAGGCAUGCGGUAGAGUAAAGCAGUGCGAAGUUCCUGAACACUGUCCUACUGGGAGGCAUAGGCCUGCUCACCAUCACCAAAAUGAGCCAAGAGAGGCUGAUGCAGCAAGGGCACAGUUAUCAGAAAUGGUAGACAAGCUCCCUCAGAAGAAGACCAACUGCCAUAAAAGAGUGCGGUUCUUGGCUGCAAAGCCUACUCCAUGUAUUGGAAACACUGAACAUGCACCUGUAUGUAUGAAAAAGAAGAGAGAAGCAGCUGCAAUACGUUCAAACUCAAAUGAUGAAUCGCUCAGCAGGAAACUUCACUGUAAGUUUUCACACGCAGUGAGUCAUCAUCACAAUCACCCAAAAAAGAUUGAUGUAGCAAUUUCUCAGCAAACAGAUAUAGUGGACAAGUCCUCUCAUGAAGAAAAUAAUUGCCUUGAAAAAAUCAUCUCCUCUAACCUAGAACUUAGAUCACACAUCAAAAGUGCUCGAGAUGCAUCUGGAGCCACAUGUACAAAAGCAAGGCAACUAGCUGCAAAAUAUUCACACUGGACUGAAAAAGUACACAACAGAAAACUGCAUCACAAGGAUCAGUCAAGUGAAGUGAGCAAUGCUUGGCAUGCUUCUGACAAUUUGUUGCCUGACCUUUCAUGCAUGACACAAGGUCACCAUGAUCACACAUUUUCGCAAAUCCACACAUGCUCCACCAGACCAACACCUCUGGCCACAAAGCUACGUCGAAGAAUGAAGGCCCACAUUCCCAUGAAUGAGCACAGGAGCGCGACAUCAGCAUCUUUUGCUGCUUCUGACGCCCCGUCAUGCCAGGCAGCAGCCUAUCCUCACGCAACAAGCGAGUCAUUCAUUAAGACAGCAGAUUUCAGAUGCCUAUGUCUGCAAGCGCAGCAGCUCUGCCCUGUGCAUGGCACAGAAAUCAUACUUAGUAAAGUGCCUAGGUUCAGCCCGCCCACACUUCCAGUUAAUGAGAAAAGUGCUCUGGAUGAGUCAAUCAAAUCAGUGUACGAAACACAGAAGUUCACGCCAGAGGUAACAUUGUCACAGCCUUUCACUUGCUCAGAUCAUCUCGAAUGUUACGUCACCCAGAGCAAGAGCGAGGAAGCUAGCACAACAGUUGUACAGGGCACGCAGCCUUUCGUGCCGCAGUCAGAAAUUACCUGCAGCCCUGCUGCUUUGGAAAUUGCAGAAACAGCCUCUACAAGCGGUUCUUCCAUAGAAAUUGAUUGCAUCAGCUCCAGUGAGGAAUUAGCACCAUUUAAAAUGAGUGAAGAAGGGUCCACAUGUUCCACUCAAGCAACGCCAUCAGGUGCCAACCGUGGCAGUCCAGGAAAUGGCCCUCUGCCUGCUGCUACAAGAAGCUCCUUCUCCCUCACAAGACUCAAGCUAAUUCAAAACAACAGCAGACAUUUGGCAAAAUCUCUUGAAGAGGGUGUAACACACAGCCUCUUUUCCAAAAGUACACAGAACGCUACAUCACAGGGUGAAAUGCUUACGAAGGCAUCGUGUGACACGAUAUCUCCUCGUGUGGAAGACGACAACUCGGGGAACAUAGAAGCCACUGGAGAUGAACUGGGAGGUCUCACACAGCCAUCACCUGCUGAGUCACAGCAGUCUAGCAAAUGCAAAGAGCCUGGCACAUUUGAUGCUCAUCUGGCUAACCCCAAAGAAGGCACUACUACCAUUCCAGGAGGUCGACUUACUGCCAUCACCAAUGAAUUGAGCAGAGCAGACAUGUCUACAGUUGAGAUGUAUCCUGGAAACUGGGCAGCAUGUGUGGAUCCGACAUCAGGCGAAAAAGUGUUUAUCAACAUAGCAUCUGGAAACUCAUCUUUCACCUUGCCAUCAAUUUGCCUUGAGCAAAAAGAUCCUGAGCCCAUCGAAGCUCUCGACUUAGCACGACAAAGAAACUUUUCCCUGGCUCCUGCUCCCUUCGUACCGCAGUUUCAACCCAGGCCCCAAGAUGAACGGUCACACUUUGGAUGUUCACCAGGCUCUGAGCAAGCGGAUGUAGCGAACAUGGUCCGUGUCUGGAACAACCCAGCGCUCUCCUGCAGUACAGCGGGCCAGGACACUGCAGAUGGUGGGCUCCUCUCAAAGGGUUCCGGGCCACUGUAUAGGAUCACAGAGUCGUACAAGUUCAGGAAGGAGAUGCUCACUUACGUUCAGGUAAUAGGUCAGGUGGAUGCAAAGUUCAUUGCCUGCCUCAUGCCUUUGUCUCAAAACCGGGUUAAGGAAAGUCUGAUUGUGCUGUUUGACCAACACGCUGCUCAUGAGAGAGUUCGGCUCGAGUGGCUUUUGGAGAAUCAGUAUGAGGCAAGAGGGCAGGCACGGUGUGUUCGGUCCAUGCCAUUGAGCUCGGAGCUGACGGUUGCCUUGGAGCCGGACUCCCUCCGACGGGCAGCCAUUUGUGAGAGAGAAAUGCGCAAGCUUGGCAUCCACUACACCAUUCACGAGCACGGCGUGUCAUUCAAGCGUCUCCCUGUGUGUCUCCUGGAAAAGGAUGAAAGUGAGCAGCGAGCUGGGAGGCCAUCAGCCCUUGCGUCUCGUAUGGAGGAGCUCCUCAGGGAUCACACAGAAACUCUGUUGGGCACAAGGCACAGUGCUAUUACUUUGCCGAAAUUCCUGAUGGAUGUGCUCAGCUCCCAGGCCUGCCAUGGUGCCAUCAGGUUUGGCAGUUUCCUGGAAAAGUCCGAGUGCAAGAGCAUCCUGAAAGCCCUGUCAAAGUGCACACUGCCUUUCCAGUGUGCACAUGGGAGGCCGUCUCUCAUGCCAAUUGUAGACUUGCGCUUCUUGCCACCUCAGAAGGAAUGCCGAAAGCCUAACUUGACUGCAUUGCUUUCAAGACUGAAUAACAACGUCAGCAGUCCCGAGAUGAUCGUAGCGAACACUGACUAAGGAGAUGUUUGUUAAAAAAUGCCAGAGGGUAGUUAUGAAUCAACUACGCAUGCUGUGAAUCCGACAAUGAUUCAUUUCAAAUAAAAUCUCUAUAAAUGUUACAUUAGUGCCGUCCUGUACACAGAUCCAUAUUGCACAUUGGGCU